AUGCAAGUAUCGGAGAGAAAUGUACUCAUGGAGGCGAGAUCAUUUAUUACAGGAGAAAACGCUUUCCCUCAAGUUUGCGCAAUCAGGGUUCAGCGUCUGUGA